CACCGCCCGCCGCUCCAGGAUCUCCGGCUGGGUCCAGAAUCCUCCUUGUUCUUGUCACCACCUUCCCUGUGAAAUGGUCGGCUGCAAUGACAAGCCGUGGCCUAGUUCUGUCUCCUGCCCCGGUGUGGGGAGGGUUGCUGGACAGUUGGGAAAUGGAAACGAACAACCAUUUUAACUUCCCUGGCCUCCCCUCUGUCCCCACUGCCUCAGGAUUGAAGCCCGCACCUUCCUCAGGGGACAGCCCCUACACUAACGGGUCCCUUAUCAACUUCCCCCCGCAAGGGAAAGGCCUGAAUGGCGACAUGAACGGGAAUGGCUUAUCUACUGUAUCUCACACUAGUACUUCAGGGACCUUCGCCUCUCCCGGGCACUCCCUCGACACCUCCGCCCUGCCCCACCCGUACGACUAUCUGUGGAACUACCCACCGUACCAGCCUGGUGGCCUCAAAGAGACCCCCGGCGUCUCCCAGUUCUCCGGCCUCGGACAGUACCCGCUCAAUGGCAUCCUUGGGGGCACCCGGCCGGCGUCCCCGGGGCACAACACUAACCCCCGGGGGGGCCAGGAGUUUUGGGCCAACGGCACCUCUGGCUCCAUGGGGCUGAACUUCGAUUCACAGGAGCUGUACGACUCCUUCCAGGAUCAGAGCUUCGAGCUUGUGCCAAACGGCGCCAGUGGUUUCUACACGGCCUCCCAACCCUCCCCCAUGCUGGGCUCUGGCGUCCAGCCUUUCUCCCCGCCGCCGGACGAGCCAGGCACCGGCCAGGAGGGGUCCUUGGUGGCAAAGGAGAUGCCGCCUGCCGGCGAGGAGACCAGCGCCGCGCUCAUGGGCAGCAAGGAACUGGAGGAGACGCAGCCGGACCUGCAAAUGUGCAGCUACAACAGGUCCGGGACAGGUGUGGAACCGCUCAGCCAGGAAGCUUCCGUCUUGUCCCUGGACACCGCUGGGAGCUGCCUGGGUGACACCUCUGCCAUCGCCGGUCCCCUGGCAGACCCUCCUCUCCUGAGUGAAGACCCCCUGGAGCCCUUCGAGUCGCUGGCUAGAGACCCAGGGACCGGAGAUCUCUACGAGAUGGACAACUCCCAGCUGGUGAACGACAAGUCUUCUCUGGAGGCUGCUCCAGACAUCUCGACCCUCGACUGCUCCGAGAGCCCCUCCCUGAACAACUCCAGCUCCUUCAGCCUGCUGCCAGACGACAGCCAGGCCCCCUCCUCGCUCUUCGUCAGCCCCGACUCGCCGCCUGUCCUGGGGGAGGCCGUCUUGCAAGACAGCAGCUUAGACCUGCAGGACGGGGGCGACCCAGGGGAGGAGGAUUUGGAGUCUCUGGAGCACAGCCCCCCGCUGGAGCCGGAGUCCCCGGCCGCCUGUCUGGAGCAGGAGGAAGAAGUGGCUGAGGACAGCUGCCUGGAGGCUCCAGCCGCCCCGCUCAGCGCAUCAGCAAGGGGCGAAGUCCCCCGCAGACGGAUUGCCACGGUGGAGGAGGUUCGCUUCCCCCUGCAGCACGGGUGGAGGAGGGAAGUGCGGAUCAAGAAGGGCAGCCACCGCUGGCAGGGGGAGACGUGGUACUACGGGCCCUGCGGCAAAAGGAUGAAGCAGUUCCCAGAAGUGAUCAAGUACCUGAGCCGGAAUGUGGUGCAGGACGUCCGGCGCGAACACUUCAGCUUCAGUCCCCGCAUGCCCGUGGGCGACUUCUACGAGGAGCGGGACACGCCUGAGGGCUUGCAGUGGGUGAAGCUGACCCAGGAGGAAAUCCCCUCGCGCAUCCAGGCCAUCACGGGCAAGCGCGGGCGCCCCCGCAACGCGGAGAAGGAGAAGGCCAAGGAAGCACCCAAGGUGAAGCGCGGCCGGGGCCGGCCCCCCAAGGCCAAGAUGGCUGACUUGCUGAGCAAGACGGACGCCCGGCUCCUGAAGAAACUGGAAGCCCAAGAGGUGCUCAGCGACGAAGAGAAGCUGAAGAUGAGCAAGAUCAAGAAGAAGAUGAGGCGAAAGGCAAGGAACAAACAGAAGCAGGAGGCCAAAGUGCCCAAGCCCAAGGAGGCCAAGAAGAAAGCCAAGGUGAAGAAGGAGAAGGGGCGGCCGGAGAAGCCCAAGGAGAAGGGGCGGCCCAAGGAGAAGGGGCGGCCCAAGGAGAAGGCCAAGGCUGUGCGGAAGGUGGACAAGAACCUGCUGGCCCAGCGGCGGCUGGAGGAGCGGCGUCGGCAGCAGAUGAUCCUAGAGGAGAUGAAGAAGCACGAGGAUAUGUGUCUGGGCGACCAUCAGCCCCUGCCAGCCUUCUCCCGCAUCCCCGGUCUGGUCCUGCCCAGUGGGGCCUUCUCCGACUGCCUCACCAUCGUGGAGUUCCUGCACUGCUACGGCCGGGUGCUGGGCUUUGAGGUGCCCCGGGACAUCCCCAGCCUCUGCACCCUGCAGGAGGGGCUGUUCGGUGUGGACGACAGCCUGGGCGAGGUGCAGGACCUGCUGGUGCGGCUACUCCAGGCCGCGCUCUACGACCCCGGCCUCCCUUCCUACUGCCAGUCCCUCAAGAUCCUCGGGGAGAAGGUGUCCGAGAUCAGCCUGAACCGGGACACAGUCUCCGAGAUCCUGCGCUGCUUCCUUGUGGCCUAUGGGGCCGACGCCGACCUGUGCCAUGGCCUGCGGACCAAGCCCUUCCAGGCGCUGCCCCCGGACCGCAAGGCGGCCAUCCUGGCCUUCCUGGUCAACGAGCUCAAUGGCAGUGCCCUCAUCAUCAAUGAAAUUGACAAGACUCUAGAGAACAUGUCCAACUACAGGAGGAACAAAUGGAUCAUUGAGGGCAAGCUGCGCAGGUUGAAAAUCGCCCUGGCCAAGAAGACGGGCCGCCCGGAGUCCGAGGUCACGGGCCUGGAUGAGGGGCCCAGACGGCGCAGCUCCCGGCUCCCAGAGGAGAACAGGGGCCUGGAGGCAGAGGAGGAAGAGAGCCGGGGACGGAAAUCCCGCAAGAAUGAGGAGGCCAGCAUUCCCGCAGCCAGCGUCCCCGAGCUGGAGAGACAGAUCGAGAAGCUAGCCAAGAGGCAGAUGUUUUUUCGGAAGAAGCUGCUUCACGCCUCGCAGACGCUGCGGGCCGCAGCACUGGGCCAGGACCGCUACCGCAGGCGGUACUGGGUCCUGCCCCACCUGGGCGGGGUCUUUGUGGAGGGCUCCGAGGCAGCUGCAGAGGAGGGGCCCAAGGACCCGGAGCAGGAGGAGGAGAAAGAGGCAGCCCCGGAGAUCUCCCCAGUGAAGAAGGAACCGGUCACGGUGCCCAUCCCUGUCCGGCCAAACUGCCCGGUGUCCCGGGCGCGGGGCCGGCCGCGGAAAAGCAAAGAGGAGCCGACCCGGCCGGGCGGGCCCAAGCCCCUGCCCCUCAAUGGGCUCCUGGAGGACUCAAUGCCCCCCUGCCAGAGCCAGCACGACCUGAGCCAGUCGGCCUUCCUAUCUUGGCUGAGCCAGACGCAGUCGUCCCUACUCAACGGCUCAGUGCUCACCCCGGACAGCAGCCCUGGGCAGGGGGACCCCAGCCCCCCUGCCCCCAAGGUGCCCGCCCUGGAGGAGAGCUUCCCAGAGACAGCGGAGAAACGGGGGCCCUGGUUCAACCUGCUGCCCAGGACUCCCUGCCAUGCCGCUGCCCCUCUCGCUACCUCGGAGGAGGAGCCCCCCUCGCGAGCAGCCCCCCAGCCUCACAGCCUUCACCCCGGGGACCAGCCCAAGGCCACAGGCAGGCAGGCGCCUGGCUUGCUGACCCUGUGGGCACAGCUGGCACUGCCAAAGGGACCCUCCCCUCUGGCACCUGUAGCCAAUGGCCCUGCAUCCUCCCCCCUCGCUUCCACGCCCGUCCAUGCCAGCCCAGGAUGCCCAGCCGUGCCAAGGGGCCGGGGUGGACCUGAGAAUGCCCAGGAGCCGCCGGGGCAGCAACGCCGGGGCCGGCCCCCAACCAAGUUCUUCAAGCAGAUUGAGCAGAAGUAUCUCACCCAGCUGAUGGCGCAGCCCGUCCCCCAGAUGCAGAGCGGCUGGUGGUGGCUCAAGGACCCGGAGGAGCUGGAGGCCAUGGCCCGAGCACUGCCGCGGGGGAUCCGUGAGAAGGCCCUGCACAAGCAUCUCACCAAGCACAAGGAGUAUCUGCGCGAGGUCUGCGCCCGCGCCACUGCCGAUCCCAUCUUCCAGCCCCAGACCGCCAGCCACCCAGUGUCUCAGGAAGCCUUGGCCCGGUGGUCCGUGACAGAGCGGGCCUAUGAGAUGGACCUUGCCCUCCUGCAGGGGGAAGAGCUGGAGCAGCGGGUCCUGAUGGCGGAUCUGCAGAUCCGGGGCUGGACGUGUCCAAGCCCCGACUCUGUGCGGGACGACCUGCAGUACUGUGAGCACAAGGUGGGGGCCCUGGAGGACAUCACCCUCAAGAACCGGCGGGAGGGGUUGCCCCCGCGCCGGGAGGCCACCAACCCCCUGGACCUGGCCGUCCUGCGGCUGGCAGCGCUGGAGCAGAACAUGGAGCGCCGGUACCUGAAGGAGCCGCUGUGGCCCCCGCAUGAGGUGGUGGUGGAGAAGGCCGUGCUGAGCAGCACCGAGGCGCUGGACCUGGGCAGCACGGAGAUCGCCUACGAGAUCACGCCCCGGAUGCGGACGUGGCGUCAGACCCUGGAGCGGUGCCGGAGCGCAGCCCAGGUCUCCCUUUGCAUCUACCAGCUGGAGAAAUCCAUCGCCUGGGAGAAGUCGGUCAACAAAGUGACCUGCCUAGUGUGCCGAAAGGGGGACGACGAUGAACACCUGCUGCUGUGUGAUGGCUGCGACCGUGGCUGCCACCUCUACUGCCACCGGCCCAGGAUGACGGAGGUGCCGGAUGGGGACUGGUUCUGCUCUGUCUGCAUCUCCCAGGCAGGAGGCGAGUAUUACGAUGACCCCAGUUCGCCCAGGAGGGGCAAGAAGCGGAAAGGCGGGCGUCUUUUCGGGGGGGGCUUCCCGGAGGAGGAGGAGAGCCCCGGGCGCCGGGUCCUGCCGCGGAGGCGUGACACCCUGUCGGUGCCCCGCUACUCAGGGGAGGGCCUGUCCCCCUCCAAGCGGAGGAGACUGUCCCCACGGGGCCAGAGCAGCGACCUGACCUUCUGCGAGAUCAUCCUGAUGGAGAUGGAGUCUCAGGAGGAUGCCUGGCCCUUCCUGGAGCCCGUCAACCCCCGGCUGGUGCCCGGCUACAGGAAAAUCAUCAAGAAUCCCAUGGACUUCGCCACCAUGCGCAGGCGGCUGCUGCGGGGCGAAUACGUGAGCUGCGAGGAGUUCGCUGCCGACGCCACGCGGGUGUUUGACAACUGCCAGACCUUCAACGAGGACGACUCGGAGGUGGGCAAGGCUGGGCGCGCCAUGCGGAGCUUCUUCGAGAGUCGGUGGGAGGAAUUUUAUCAGGGAAAACACGCUCCUAACCCGUGAAGCGGGAGCCUGGGGCUUGUGUGGGGGAUGGUGCUCCCCUCCCUCCACGCUCCUGACCUGAGACCUGUCUCGUGCGGGGUGGGGAGAGGCACCCCGUCCCCCCUCCAAAAGAACUGACUCCCCAGGAGCCGAUCUCGCUGCCUGCUGAAUUCCCGACGGAGGCUGGUCCCGACGCGGAGUGGAAAAGGCACCCCUCCCAUCACCACCAGGGGGUUUGGGGUAACGGGGUGUCUCCACGGCCCAGCUGCUCCCUUCCCCCCCACCCCACCCCCAGCCACCCGGACUCACGGACUGUGUAAGCCAAAAAAGAAAGAAACGGGCGAUCGCUCGUCGGGUUCCUUUUCUACUUCGCCACCGCCCCACCCGGCGAACGAGGAAAGACUCCCCCCCCCCCCCCCCAUUGGCUGGGAGUAUUAACAUAGCAAUAGUUCGUAGUGAACGUGUAUGAGGACAGUAAGGCUGUGCGCUGUCCCUGAGGCAUUAAUGGCCAGUAAAGUGAACUCAACUCCUCGAGAUUCGCGUCGAGCUUCACACCCGGACCCACUCGCAACGACACUGAGACGUGCUGCUUUCCCCCCCACCCACACACCGCUCGCUGCUUCCCUUCCGGGACCUUCCCAUGCCUUCCUUCCCUCACCUUUUACCUUCCGGGGCCUUUCCAUACCUGCGCCCCCCCUCUUUCCAGCACCUUUAUACUACCAUCAUCAGGUUCCCCAUCCUCCCUCUUCCAACCCCCUCAAAAGGCCCCUCCCUCUUCCCCAUCACCCCUACCAUGGCAGACCCUUUAACGGGGUGUUCCUCUGUUGUGUCUCCCACCCACCCCCCUCUGGGUCAAACCUUCUCUGCUGUUGGACUGUCCCUUCCCCCACCCCUAUUGUGUGAGUGGGGGGGGGGAUGUAUCUGACAUGCCCACAGGGACUGGGCUGGGCUGAGCAUGGCCUCUAGCUGGAGCUAGAGGGGGUUCUGGAGGGGGUAGCUCCUUCCCUGCCUCUGCUCCUCAGCAAGACACCCCCCCCCCCAGCCCCAGUGAUCUGGGCUUGUUCAUGGGAUCCCAGCCUUACCUCGGACCCCGACUGUGUGUGCCCCUCCCACCCGCGUAGGGCUUCUGGUGUUUCCUCUUCCUUCAGCCCCCCUCACCCCCCAAGCUGGUGGGUUUGCACUCCAUGGGGGGGGGGCCCAGCCCCCCUACCCCACUGUGUGCUCUUUGCAGGCAGCACCCAUCCCCCUCUUGCCGCAGCAAAGAACCAGCAGGGAGAGCAGGGCAGGACCCAUCCCUUCGGGCUGGGGGCUGCCCCACAACGGCAUGCGGGGGCCAAAGGGGUGGUCGGCACCCCCCCCCACACACCUCCCAGAUUCCUAUUGGUGGCUCCACGGAGCCAGAGCUGUGGUUUUGAUCCCUUCUGUCCCACGAUGGGCCCCGUGCGCCAGCCUCCAGGAUCCCGCCCCUCUGUUCCCCCCCCAAACCCCUGAAUGGUUCUGCUGGCACCAAGGACUCUGCUGCCCAGUGUGCAAGCCCGCCCCCAGCUCGUGGGAGGCCCCGCCUCUACUCAAGGCUACAUUUUCCCUCCCCGCCCCCCCAGCACCGCUUGCUGGGUUUGGGGGAGGGCCUUUGGUGAAGGUGCACUGGGGGAGGUGGCCAACCUCACAACCUGCUCAGGGCAAGGGAAAGGCACCGUGGGGAGCCCGGGGCGUUUGGUCCAAAGGGAGAGUCUCCCUCCGCUCCGUGACCCCGUCCUUGGCUCGGGUGCAGAGAGCUGGAGGUGAAGGCUUGCUUCCCCUCCCCCCCCAAUCCUCCCCAGCUGCCUAGGGGGGCUAGGCACCCAGCUUAAAAUGAAGGGGGGUGGGCACUCGGCUCCCUGCAUGGAUUGGCAGCGGCUGCAGCCUGCACCCCCCCCACCUCCCCAGUAUUGAGGGUAGUGUCUGCUGGUGAAUGCUGGGGGGGGCAGGGGCCAGCCAGGCCUUAGGAGGCUGAGCUGGGUUCUGUCUAACCCCCACUGCCUGUUCUGUUUGGAAAUAACUCUCCCCGCUGAUGGCCCCCCUAUUAACCCUUUGUUCAUUCACUCUGCAGCCCUUGCUGGUCUCCCCUAGACCUUUCUGGAAAGUGGGGGUGGGUGGGGGGUCCCUUGCCCUUCCCAAGUCUUAAGCCCUGUCCGGGGAUGGAGAGUCACGGAGCUGGAGUGAUGGUGUGGAAAUCAACCCCCUGGCUGCCCCCCAGCUCCUCAAACCAUGAUAUUACGGGUACUCGCUUGGGGGCGGCUGGCGGGCGGGCCCCUAUGGAGCCCCUUGAGAGUCCAGUCUAGCUGUGCAACAUCUGGGGCACUGUCCCUCAUCCCUCCCCUCCCCCCCCCCCCGGCCUGUCGUCCACUCACCAUAAGCACUGAAAUCAACCAACCUACCUUGAGGGGGUGGGAAGCCCUGAGAUGGAAGCAGCCUCUGUCAUGCAUUCCCCCACCCCCCUCCCGUCAUCUUUAAAAAGUAGCCUUUUUUCUAUCAAUAACCUCAAGACCUUUUUAUUUUAUUUUUUUGCUUUGAAAGAAGAGGUGGAUUUGAAGUCUAUUUGAACUGACUUUAUAUUAUGCAUAAAUAUUUAUAUUUUAUCUAAAUAACGGCGCUGUAACUAACUUUUUUGUUUUUGGGGGGGGUUGUUUUGGUUUUUUUAAUAUUUUGGAGCUGUCAGGUUUUUUUUGUUUUGUUUUUUGUCACGGGCAAGUUUUAGAGUCUCUGUAAUGGCAUGGUGGUGGUGUUGUUUUUUUAAAAAUUUUUUUCCCUGAUAAGAUGCCCUGAAUUUUAAACCCUCACCCUCCCUCUUAGUCCCUGCCAUCUCUCUCCCCGCCACCCCCAUUAAUCCAGAUGUGUCUGAAAUCCCACUAGUCUACGCUUCCUUACUGGGGAUGCACCAGUAGAUAGAAAUCAGUUCUGGACUGAGUAAGAGAAAUGUUAAGAUGUGGAAUAUAUUUUAUUUUUUAACCCUUAAUGAGUUGGCUUUGGAAAUUACAUUUUUUUUCAGGGGCAUGUCUAGAAUUGGCCCUCCCCUUCCCCUCCCAUCCCAUCUCUGUCUGAUAAAACAGGAAGAACCAACCGCCCUAAAAGAAAAUAUUCUCAUGUUCCCCGUAAAAGGAUCAGGACUGGCUUUUUUUAUAGCCCAAUGUGGUGUUUUAGUGACUUUUUGAUAAUGUACAGGUUUUGUGAAUUUAAAUUUCUUUCUUUCUAUAUUUUUAGGACCAAUCUCAUUUUUAAUAAGGUUUAAAGGAAAAAAAAAUUCUAGAUUAACUCCUGUUUGUUGCCAUGUGAUGUUCCCACAAGUACAGCCGUAGAGAGUGCUUGUCAAGUUGCGAGAAUAAAAACAAACCCACGUUUGAUAGAGA